UGACAUCAGCUGCUAAUGGUGAUAAAUAUGUGGGUGUAACACUGUCUCGCACUCAGCUCUCACCUCAGCCUUUCAUCCAUUAAGGAAGUCAUAUCCUCACAGUUGAAGCGGCGCAGUGCAGGACCCAAAGAUGAGCAACACAAACCUAAACAGUGACACAGCUACUCUUCACACUGAUGGCAUCCCUCAGGACAUGCUCGUGAAGGUGGGGAAGUACUUGGAGCCUUUCUCUCUUUCUCUGGAGAAGCUGCAGGAGGUUUCUGCUCAGCUCCAAAAAGAUAUGAUCCGAGGACUGGGGAAACACACACAUCACAGGGCGUCUGUCAAGAUGCUGCCCACCUUCGUAAGAGCAACACCGGACGGGACAGAGAAAGGAGACUUUCUGGCUUUAGAUUUGGGUGGAACAAACUUCCGGGUGCUUCACGUCAGAGUGAUGGAAGAGGAGCAGAAAGUGCUGAAAAUGGACAGUCAGAUUUGUGCCAUCCCUCAGGAAAUCAUGCUGGGAACCGGAGAACAGCUGUUUGACCACAUCGCGGAGUGUCUUAGUGAAUUCCUCGACUCUCAGAAGCUGAAACGACAAACUCUUCCACUGGGUUUCACCUUCUCUUUCCCCUGUGAACAGAAAGAAAUUGACAAGAGCAUCCUGAUCCACUGGACUAAAGGCUUCAACUGCUCUGGGGUGGAGGGAGAGGAUGUGGUAAAGCUGCUGAAAGAGGCCAUCCACAGGAGAGGGGACUACGACAUCGGCACAGUUGCCAUGGUGAACGACACAGUGGGUACGAUGAUGAGCUGUGGGUACUGGGACCGGAGCUGCGAGAUUGGGAUGAUCAUUGGAACGGGAACCAACGCCUGCUACAUGGAGGAGAUGAAGAACGUGAAGCGUGUGGAGGGUGAGGACGGACGGAUGUGCAUCAACACGGAGUGGGGCGGCUUCGGAGAUGACGGCUCCCUUGGAGACAUCCUGACGGAGUUUGACAAGGUGGUGGACAAGACUUCAAUAAACCCCGGAGUCCACAUCUUUGAGAAGAUGAUCAGUGGGAUGUAUUUGGGGGAAGUCGUUCGGCUGGUGCUGAUAAAGCUGACGGAGGAGAAGCUGCUAUUUAAAGGAGAGGCGUCUGCGGCUCUGCUUACUCCAGGAAAGUUUGAGACAAGGUUCAUCUCUGAGAUUGAGGAGCCGGAGAAUGGUCUGGAAAAUGCCAAACAGAUUCUGACUAAACUGAAUCUGAAGUGGGAUUUGGUUGAUGCCCGCGUGGUGCGAUUUGUCUGUGACACCAUCUCUUCACGCUCUGCUCGUCUCUGUGCUGCUGCCUUGGCAACCAUUGCCAACCGCAUUCGUCUCAACCGAGGGCUAGACUAUCUGAAGACCACCGUAGGAGUUGAUGGGACCGUGUACAGAAAACAUCCAAAUUUCAGCAAAGAGCUCCAGGCAGCAGUGCGCCUCCUCGCCCCCAAAUGCGACAUCAAAUUCCUUGUCUCGGAGGAUGGCAGCGGGAAAGGCGCCGCAAUGGUUACAGCUGUGGCUCAGCGGCUGGCUCUCCAGUCACGGCUGUUGGAGGACAGUGAUGGCGAGGAGAAUGGGGAAGAUGAAUGAGAGAAGCAGUUUAGGACAUUUUAGGGCUACAAACAAAUAUUAACAAUUUUAAAAACCUUGCAGUAUUUUUAUUUGCAAAAGUAUUAUGUGAAAAAACUCAUUAGAUGAUUUUAAUACUCCUUUAACAAAUAAAAUGUAGAUAUGUUUUUUCUUUAUAACAAAUGUCAUGCCAAAGAUUGUAAUCUCAAGCAUACCCUUUAAAAUCUGUUAAUGACAAUACGAAAACAUAUCUGGAAACAUUAACUGUGUGAUAAAACUGUUGUGAGAACAAACAACCAACUGGGAGGACAGUGAGUACGGGGCAAUAUGUGCAUAAGUUUGGGAAUUUGAGAUUUUCAGCAAUAAAAGGGAAGAUCUUGUUUUUUCUUUAUAAUUUUGCAAUGUUAUAAUUUGCCUGAUUUCUCCAACAACAAGCCUUUGUAGAUUCACAAAAUAUGAACAAGAUGGCGUGCACAUGCCACUGACUUUCCUACAAAUAAAACAAUGAAUUUGUCUAGAGUGACAA